UAAAAUUAAAAUUAAAAACAAAACUAACCCCCCUCUCCCAUCCUAUAUGCGCAUUGCGCACCCUGCCCGCUCUCUCAUAUCCUUCACCCUCAAUUUCUCUUCCCCUCCACCAACCAAACCUCUCUCUUUUCACUCUCUGACUUCAAAAACAACAGAGAGACCACGACUACGUGUCUUUCAAUUUUCGAUGGAGAAGACGGAGAAUGUUUCCACAACGGCGACCGAGGACGCCGCCAAUUACGGGUUCACUCGAUCGGAGAUGUACAAGUCCAACCUCGCUGGAACUGUUGGUCCUUAUGACAGACACGUGUUCCUUUGCUUCAAGAACCCUGAUGCGUGGCUACCUCAUGUUGAGGAAGAUGAUCUACCGAAACUCGUCGCCACCGCUUUGAAAACUCGCAAAAACGACAUCACUGUCAAGACGAAGGUGACGAUCUGCGAAGGAGGAGAAGGAAGCGAGUUUGAGAACGGAGAUGUUUUGAUAUUUCCUGACAUGAUUAAAUACAAGGAUUUGAAGGACUCUGAUGUCGAUGGUUUUGUUGAUGAUGUACUCGUGAGUGGCAAACCAUGGGCCUCCGGGGUGCAGGAGGUGUUGACAGGUUCGCAUGUAUUUGUGUGCGCUCAUGGCAGUCGUGAUAAGAGAUGUGGUGUUUGUGGACCGGUUCUUAUUGAAAAGCUCAAAGAGGGAAUUGAGUCUCGAGGGUUGAACGACAAAGUUUUUGUUAGUGCCUGUUCUCAUGUUGGGGGGCAUAAAUAUGCUGGGAACCUGAUAAUCUAUAGUCCGAAUUCAGAGGGAAAAACCAUGGGUCAUUGGUAUGGCUAUGUUACUCCUGAAGAUGUGCCUGAAAUAUUGGAUCAGCAUAUUGAGAAGGGAAUAGUUAUAGAACGGAUUUGGAGGGGCCAAAUGGGGUUAUCAACUGAAGAAGGCGAGAAAGUUGGGGAACAAAAGCUUCGAAAUGGAAAAGAUAAGACCAAGAGCAAGAAGCCUGAAGAAAACAGCGCUGAGGCCGCUAAGGACAAUGUGGCCAGCUGUUGCCAGGGUGCUAAUGGCUUUUCAUGCUGCAGAGAUGGGAGUUCGGAGAUAAUUAAAGAAAAGAAACUGGAGGAGAACAUUGAAGGGCAUGGAAAGGGGGGGCUGGAUAAACUAUCAAGGUGGAUAGGAUCACUGGAGCAAGGUGAUGUUCUUGCAGCAGGUGCUGUAGUUGGAGCGGUAGCGACUAUUGCAGUGGCUUAUAGCUUUUAUAAAAGGUCAGGCUAAAAUAUGCCUUGUAAUCCAUGCACUAUUCUAUGCUUGUGGGUGAAUUUCCUUCCUCUUGGCAACAGGAGCAGUAUCACUGGCAAAAUAAUCCUCCAGACCACGCACUUCUUUAGCAGACUGAUGGCAUAUUUAUAUAAUUCUUGUUUAGCAGGGUGGGGAAGUAUCCACAAAUUUUAGCAGGAUAAGAGCGAAGCAUGAUCCCACCUUUUUUCAUUUUCUUGAUCUCUACACGUUAUGUAAUGUUACAAGAUUCAGUGAAUGGUCAGCUGAAUGCUGGAAAUAUUUCAAGGGGGCUUUAUUUUUUUUCA